CUUUGGGGACGCGUGGGGACCUCGUGGCACGGCCCCUCGCCUAGGCUGUGGCGGCGGUGGGGGGCUUCUUUAGGCACCGACCACUAUGGGGAAGGGAGCCAGGAACAGAUGGGUCUGUUUGCAAAGUCAGGGAAGCAGGGGGACUGUCUCCCCGUGGAAAUCUCCCCUGGGAUCCCCUCUCCGUCGGGUGUGGCUGGCACUCUGGUCAGGAUUUGGGGUGAAGGCAGUGCAGUGGGAAGUGGCCCCAAAGCACUUAUGGAGGGGCAUUGAAGGCCAUGGGAAAGAACUCAAGAAGACCCCUGUUUCAGUGCACUAUGGGAAGGGCCAUGGGAACCUGCAAGGGCUCAGAAACACCUGGCCCCAGGGUACUAUGGGGAGGGCCUCAUAGGACCUUGGGAAGGGACUCCUGAUGACUCCCAGUCAGGAGCACCACGGGAAGUGGCCCCAGAGAGUAAGCCAAGAAUUUGAAAGAGAACCCCUCUUCUCAAAAGCGCUAUGGGGAGAGACCCUAGGGCUGUAGGAAGGCCCUCAGAGACCGCCGUCACAAGGCAGGCUGGUGGGGCACCCAGAGAUGUCCUAGGACAUUAUGGGAAGUGCCCAGAGCAUUGAGGGACCCUCAGAGGAUAGUGGAAAGGACAGGGUUUCUGCUCUAAAAAGGACCUGAAAAGUCACUGCCCAAACCAGAGGGGCCACCACUCUGCUGUAAGGGACCUCCCAGCUCCUGAGGGCUAUCCCACAUUUGGGGGGGUCUUUGUUCCCCCCCACCUUUGGCUUCAGAGUUAAGGAGGGGCUCUGGGUGAAUGGCUGACCAGGAGUAGGGCAGUUGGUGCCUUCACUUGGCCUGGUCCCUGGGGACGUAUGGUGCUUACUCUGACCCCCAGAACUCCUUCCAGAGGGGUUGGUGUGAGGAGGUGCUAGGUCUUCACAUCCCUGACUGCUCUACCUGGCCCAUCCCCCUCCCUGAGCUCCUAACCCUCUUCCUGAGCCCCCACCAGCUUCCAUUUCAGUUCCUUGGGGCGGUAGGAGGUACAGGUGACAAGACAGCUGGUGGCAGUUGCUCACGGACCCUCCCUGACCCCAGUCCUCAUGACGGAUAAGGAUGGUGGGCCACUGCCACCAGAUGAGGCGCUGGACGACACCAUGGUGGCGUACCGGGCCCCAAGGCAGAAGAGCCUGCGAGAGCUCCAAGAGCUAGACUUGGACGAUGAAAGCCUGACCAAGUACAAGCAGGCGCUGCUGGGGCCCCUGCCACCGGUCUCGGGUACAGGAGGGCCUGGGAAGAGCAGGGGAGGGCACUCCCAGGGAGUCAGGGCGCCCUGUGACUCUGUGACUGGCCGUUUCCCCCCAUCAGACCCGUGCGUGCCCAACGUGCAGGUGAUGCGGCUGACGCUGAUGUCCGAGCAGGCCCCAGGGCCCAUAACCAUGGACCUCUCAGGGGACCUGGUUGUGCUGAAGAACCAGGUGUUUGUCCUGAAGGAGGGUGUGGAUUACAGAGUGAAGAUCACCUUCAAGGUCAAUAAAGAAAUCGUUUGUGGCCUCAGGUGCCUGCAUCACACCUACAGAAAGGGCUUGCGUGUGGACAAGGCCGUUUACAUGGUGGGAAGUUACGGCCCGAGCACCCAGGAGUAUGAGUUCGUGACUCCGGUGGAGGAGGCGCCGCAGGGUGCGCUGGCACGGGGCGCCUACGUGGUCUUGUCCUGCUUCACGGACGACGACCGGGUGGCCCACCUGUCCUGGGAGUGGGGCCUCCAUAUCUGCAAGGACUGGCAGGACUGAGCCCUGCCACCCUCAGUCUGCCCUGUUUGCUCCUUGUUCCCCCGCCUUGGCUAGCUGCUGCACUGGGACCCCCAAGUGCUCCCCAGCCCCCUCAGUCAGUGAUCAGACCCCCAACCCCUUGCCCAGUCCAGGACCCCCUGAACAGUUCCAUUAAACAUCUAAACAUCACCCAUCUCAGUGCCCUCGUGUCACCUCUUUCUGCCUCCCCCUCUCUGUUGGGGGGGGCAGGACUUGUGGCCUUAUCUCCCCCUGGACAGGCCUGGGUGCCACGUGGCGGCCACUGCUUGG